GAACAAAAAUAAACAAUUCAAAUUGACAAAAAUAAUAAAAUAAUAUUAAGACGAAGUCAAAAUGUCAGAUAAAGAAGACGAAGAAGCUCGUAAACAGCAGACAGAUCGCGUAGAUCAGUCCACACAGCAUACGACUGGCCGCCCACGGCCGCCCCCGCGCCCGUUGCGUAACCAAUCGCCAGGCGAACAGGGGCCCCGUAGAGAUCGCCCUCUCUUGGUGACAAGGACAGAUAAGGAGUCCGACGAGCAACCCAAUCAAAGCUCGCCCACGGGCUCUAUCCAGCCGAUCAGUAAAGAAGAAACAGAAGAAACAGAAGAAUCGCCCAAGAAAAGAACUAGAUUCGCCCGACUAUUUUCACGCAAGGAUAAGGAGUUAUAUGAUGGGGACCAAUACGAAUCAAAUACCGAGCAUGAAACGCCAAUCCGUAGAUCAGCAGACAGACAGGGUAUGAGAACGAAAGCUUCACGCAUUCUCUACACGACCGACGAGGAGGUGCGCGACGCACUCUUGGAAUUUGCCUUGUUUAUCAUAUUUCUCAUCUUAACUUGUUUGGUCACGCUCUCUGUUCGUCACUCAUAUAUGUUUUAUUUCAACGAUACGAUAAAAAAACUUUUCACCACCCGUGACAUGAUUAUAUCGUCUUCGGUAACCGUUACAUUUGAGAAGGUUCUGACCAUACCAGACUUUUGGGACUAUUUAAUUUAUAAUUUUUUAGUAAAUCUGCACGGCGAUAUGUCCGGCGUUACUGCGGAUUUCGAGCAAGUUCAUGACCUAGAUAAUACAACCCAGACAAAUAAUGAAAACCAAAAUGAAGAUGUACCGCCACCGCCAGAUCCGCCACCUGAAGAUCGUAGACAUAAACAAAAACAUGGAACACAGUCGACCAAUACGACAAAUCUCAUAGGCAGAGUCUUUCUGCAUGAGAACCUAUUGUUGGGACCACCACGAUUACGACAGAUCCGUGUGCGCAAGGAUAGCUGCUAUGUGAAUGAUGCCUUUAUACGAUACUUCAACACCUGCUAUUCUCAGUAUACGGCUGGGACAGAAGAGAUUGUGAGUGAUCACAUGGGCGCACCAUUUAGAACAAUGAGGGAUUUGGACUCGACUCCAUUGUGGACACAAUUGAAUUUCUAUCGAUCUGGUGGCUAUACCGUCGACCUAACAUUUAAUAAGAAGGAAAAUCUAAUGAUUCUCAAAAAGUUAAGGAAUCAACAUUGGUUGGAUCGCGGUUCACGUCUUUGCCUGAUCGAGUUUAAUCUUUUUAAUGAAAAUACAGAUACCUUUCAGAGCGCCAAAUUUAUUGCGGAAAUACCGCCCACAGGCGGCGUUAUACCACAGAGUCAGCUGCAGACAGUUAAGGAAUUUACAUUUUUAACUGAUAAAAGCCUGGUCAUGACCUGUAUCUAUAUCUUUUGGUAUGUUAUGGUCAUGUAUUAUACAAUUUCGGAAAUAGCUGCAAUCCGUAAAUGUGGCAUCAAGAAUUACUUUUCAUCCAUAUUGAACAUACAGGAUUUGCUUAUAUUAAUCUUUUCUUACCUGGCUCUGGUCUACAAUAUUUGGCAUAUGUUCAAAGUGAAUAAUGUGGUGGAUACAUUUAAGAGCCAGGAUACAUACAUAAGCUUGGAUACUUUGUGCUUGUGGAAUACCAUCUAUGUAGACAUGAUGGCUAUUUUGGCGUUUCUCGUUUGGGUGAAGAUCUUUAAAUUCAUUAGCUUCAACAAGACGCUCGUGCAGUUUACAACGACAUUGCGCCGCUGUUCGAAGGAUUUGGCUGGCUUUAGUCUUAUGUUUGGCAUCGUAUUUCUGGCCUAUGCCCAACUGGGUCUGCUGCUCUUUGGCACUAAGCAUCCCGAUUUUCGUAAUUUUCUGACCUCUAUUUUGACCAUGAUACGCAUGAUUCUGGGCGACUUUCAAUAUAAUCUUAUUGAGCAGGCCAACCGAGUGCUGGGACCCAUUUACUUUCUCACCUACAUUCUGCUGGUCUUCUUUAUUCUACUGAAUAUGUUCCUGGCCAUCAUAAUGGAGACGUACAACUCGGUGAAAAGCGAAAUAACGCAUGGUCGCAGUCAGCUCGGCGCCUAUGUCUAUAAGAAAAUGGCAGCUUUCUUCUAUAUAAUUAAGCACUGUGGACGUAAGCGUAGUAAUCGAGUACUGCCGCCGGUAAUUGAUCCCGAUGACGAUUUAGCCCCUGAUGUGACUACGCGCCGCUUUCAACCUAAGGAAAGGAUUCAUUUACGCAGAAAUAUAACUGAGGCCGAAGCUCACUAUUUCGAAGAUGUUCCAAAUGACGUUAAGAAUAAGGAUAUGUUUCGUAUCAACAAUCGCGUUUCACUGUUGGAGGAAAUUUUGGAACAGUUAGUUACCAAUAUGGAUGCCAUAUUGAAGCGUGUGGAGAGUGAAAUUAAGAAAAACAAAUAAUUUUUAUCUAUGGAA